CAAAAUAUUAAUUUUUUUUAGAAACGUUGCCUACGCUAUCAAUAAAAAUACAUUAUGAACACGAAACAUGUUAAAAGAUAUCCCUAUUGAUUUGUGACGAAAAAGACCUUAUUUUUUAUAAGUCAAAUGUUUAUUUUGAUUCGGAAGUGCGUGCGCAUUCCGUAUGAGUUAGACUCUGGUAAUUCAUGGCCGAUUCUGCAUAGCAGACGAGCUUAGAUGCAAACAUGCCAAAUAAGUCACAAGUCCAAGAUGAAGAAGGGUCAGGACUAAAAAGGAGUGCUCGAAUACGUUCCAGAAAGGUUGAGUCAGACAGUAACAAUGAACAGGGAGCCAUGGGAAUGUCACUUGAUGUGCUUGCACAUGUGGCAUCCGAAACACUUAAGAAAGAACCUAACAGAGCGAAAAAGAAUGAAAAAUCUUCAAAUAAAAAGUUAUCAUUAAGAACUAUUGGAACUGUUGAAAGUCUUUCCUUAGAGCAAAUACUUGGACUGACAGAGAAAACUGUGCUAAACUUGUUUACAGAGUCCUCAGCAAAUGAAUUAGCAAGGACAUUUACCUUCACUUGUCAAUUGAUUCCAAAACAAUGCCAGAAGCAAUACACAAGUUUUGGGAGUGAAAUGAGGGCAAGAACAGAAAUGAAAAAGCAUGUAUAUAGACAUCUCAGUGACCUGGAAAAAGAUUCAGAGACUGGAAACAAAUUCAUGGCAGAGCCAGUGCAUAUACGAAACAAGAGACUUCUCUCUUACAACACAGUCAAGAAAA